AUGCUUUACGUACUGUCAAUCCUUUGGGCACGUGAACACAACCGAGUGUGCGACAAGUUGUCACAGAAGUGGACGUGUUGGACACACGAACAGCUGUAUACUAAGGCCAGGAAGAUUGAAACUGGUCAAAUGAUGAACAUAAUGAUGACCGAAAUCCUAAAUCUGGAACUCAGACCGGAAGUGUACGGCCAUCGAUUGGAAAACAUCCAUAGUUCCGGCAAUAUUAUUGAACUGUACUUGACGAUGGCUGUAUGA